AUGCCACGUAAGCUACGUAAGAAUAUACGUAAGAGGAAGAGAGCAUUGAAACAUCCAAUAGUAAAACUGACACCACAACAACAGUUGCAACAACAAAUGCUGAAUGACCCCACUAUGUUGCAACAAAUGUCAAGCAAUCCUAUGCUUUUAAACCGAGUUGUUGGUGCACAGAGUGGAGGUUUAAGAGCGGCACUUUUAGCGAAAAUGGCAGGCUAUGGUGGAGCUGCAGACGGAACAGCCUAUAACCCUCAAAGUCAAAUGAAUUUGAGUUCACUCAAAAAUCAAAUAUCAGAUGUCAAAAAGUCAAACAUAGACAUACAGAAGCAAAUAAGUGAAAACGAAAAGAAACUAGAAUAUGACAGACACACAAAGAAACUCAAUGAGUUAAACGUAGAGAAAAAGAAGAAAGAAGAACAACUGAAAGAACUAAGUACAGAGGAAUAUGCGAAAAAAGUGUCAGAAAAAGCAACAGAAGUAGCAAAAAUGGAACAAGAUGUCAUAAAUUUGAAAAACCAUACUACUCAAUAUAAAAUACUGAAAGAUGAAGAGAUAAAACAAAAAGCCCUGAAGACAUAUAUGGAUAGCGAUGAGUAUAAAAAAGAAGUUGAAGCAAAUGUAAAGGCAGAAAAACUUUUACAGUUGCAAAACCAAACCGUACAGUAUGAAAACUUAGCACAAGAAAGUAAAAAUAACGACGCAGCCAUGCAAAAGGCAAUGAAAAGCGCAGAAUAUAUAAAAGCUAACAAUGACUGGUUAGAUGCCCAAGCCAACGCUAAAGCAGCCCAACUCAUAGGGUCAAUAAGGACAAAAAUACAAGCGGAUGAAGACAGUUCAAAUGAAGCUUUAACAAAUGCUGACUUUAAGAACGCCUUCGAAGCUCUUCAUAGUAAGGUGAAACAAGUGAACGACUUCUCAUCUGGAAAGAAACUGAAGUCUGAAGGUUUCGACAAAGA